AUGGCCAAGCAGCACUUAAACGUUCAAAAGUUGCUUCCAUACUCAUAUUCUCAAAACCCUAAGAUAUUAUUUCUAGUUCUCAAAUGUUCAAAGGUUCAAACAUCAAGUUCAAAUGACCCAGUUUACGUUCCUAACAGCCCGUUUCCUUGUUCCGCAGGGGAGGUGGGGAGGUGGCGCACAGGACGGUGUAAAUGGUUCAAUGUAGCGAAAGGCUGGGGUUUCGUCAGCCCGGACGACGGAGGCCAAGAUGUCUUCGUACACCAGAGCGUGAUCAAGAUGUCUGGCUUCCGAAGCCUGGGCGACGAGGAGCAGGUCGAGUUCGAGUGCAAGGUCUCGGACAAGGGCCUGGAAGCGACCGUGGUCACCGGCCCUCAGGGAGCGGACUGCAGGGGCUCGCAUCGGAGGCCCAUGAGCAAGAAGCGCUACAGAAAGAUAAGGUGCUACAAUUGUGGGGAAUUCGCCAACCACAUCGCAGCCAAGUGCAUCAUGGGUCCGCAGCCGAAGAGGUGCCACUACUGCAAGAGCGAAGACCACCUCAUAGCCGACUGUCCCCAACGCCCGGAAAAGAGCAAAGGGAGCGACGAAGGAGAGGAGCGUGAGCUAGGAGAAACCAAGGUCUAAAUGUGAUAGGUUUAGCUCCCUAAGCCAAGCCUUUCUCCGCUGCAGUUAACUAACACAUUAAGUAAUAGCAUAAUCUGUAUGUCUUCUAGAGUUUGAUGGUGACAAAAAAAAAAAAAAAACAUACUGAAUGGUGACAUGGUAUUUUUGAUGCAAAAGUUCAAUGGAUUUUCAUUCACAAUAUUAUUUUUUUUAUGAAAUGAUGAACGAUUCAGUGUUAUGUGUGAGUUUAAUACUCACUGAUUUUAUUUUGAAGAUUUUGCCAUUAUACCAGCAUAGUAUUUUAUCAUCAUAUUUUGAAGAAUUUCCUGAGCCAGUUUUCCUUUUUUUUUGGGUGGAGAAGCUGUUGGUUAAUCUGAUUCUGCUAAUGAAAUUCCUUUUCUUUUUUACUUAAAAGAAAAAAAUGAGAAUGAAAAUGUGCCUGAAAUGUUAUUUAUGCUACAUUGCUCAAGCACGACUGAAAGUUUAAUAGUAUUCUGUCAAAGCUUACUAACUGCACAUAUACUAACAGACUGCAAAUUAUCAUUAUGAUGACAGAGUGUUUUAGAACUGGGUUUCUUAAUUCAGUAAUGAUCAUACACACUACUUUGUACUGCAACUACAUAAUACCAAUUUAAUGAACAAGAAUAUGGAAAGAAAAUAUGAAAAAUAAGAUAUAAUGUCAGGUUUGUACACAAUUUUCCAAUGCAACAUUAAAGAUGUUCAGGUAUUUUGAUAAUGAGUGUGUAGAUGACUGACUUAGCCUGUGGUAUAUGGUAGCAUAUUGCUUGUGUCUUCUGUGAAUACUAACAUAAAAGUGCUAGUAAUGUUCAGGUGAAUACAGCAACUCCCUUCACACUCAGGUUUUUCUAUGGUAUAUUCAGCAAGCCUUCUGCAUAAUCAAAAUAAGUCCAUAUAGAUGCAAAUAUUUUCAAACUGUGUGGUGUAGAUGCAAAACUUUUAGUUAGAAUCAUCUAUUAUUUUCUGAAUGAGUAUAGAUCUACCAGCCAGUCUUAGUCUGAGAUAUUAGAUCAUUGAUUAUUUGAUUUUGAAAAGUUUGUAGUUUUUGCAAUGUUUAUAGAGACAGACUCCAUGGUGCUCAAGAGGCAAGCAGUCAAGUUCACAAGUAGAGAUUAAGUUAUAAGUUGUAGUUCAUGUUUUCACGUGGGUUUAAAACCUAAUGAAUCUCAUAAUCAGAAAAAAUAGGUAUCCAGUUCCUUUUUUUGUGGGUAUAUAAACUGUGUGGAUGUCUGAUUCAUGAAUAGAGUGCAUUAAAGAAAUGUAAAAGAAAUUAUUUCUUUGCUUGUAGAUCCACUUUUUUUUCUCAUUUAGGUACCAAAUUUGAUUGUAAUAUGAUUUGUUUUCUAUACCCUAGCUUCACUAAGCAUAAGAUAUAUAUUUAUAUUUGAGGGACAUGUAUAAUUAGCAAGAAUUAUAGAUAUUUAAAAGUUGCCCCAAGAGUGAAAACCAUGGAUAUACUGUAAUUAGACAUGUAAUGAUAUGAUUAUGCUUAUUAAAAUGGGUGCCAAUUUUUUAAUGUAUCAGACCUUGCCAGAAUACUUACUCUUACCAAAAAACAAAAGCUUAUUUUGUAUCCCAGUAUGUAUUCUGGCAAAUAAUGAUAAUGACUGCCAAAGUUCUGAAAUGCAUCACCUUUGAAAAAAAAA